AUAUUCCUGGAGAAUGGAGCCUCAAGGGAUUGCCCGAGGGGCCCCUGCCCACGCGUCCAAAGAUGGCCCCGGCAAGCCCGCUGCGCCCCAGAAGAACGCUUACGCCCGGCUCGUGCAGAAGCACCACAGCGGACGGUUCCGCUCCUACCUGCACCACAUUGCUCAGAAGCUGCAGCUGGAGGACAGCGUCCUCGACGACUUGGGCUUGGAGUCCGAAGCCGCCCUGAAGAGCGGCCUGGUCAGAGAAGCCCUGUCGAGAAACGGGGUGCAGGCCCUUGGCUGCUCGCCCGUCGGGGCUCCAGGGCCCGAGAAUUCGAGCGAGGGCAAAGAGCCGAAUCUUGCCAGGAAGAGACGAGAGCCCGGCUCUGGCAACCGAGAGCCGGAUGAGGUCGUGGAAGGAGAAGAUUUUGCUCCUAAUUGGCGUGGCGAUGCAGCUGUCCCGUCGAGCGCGAGGCAGGUACGGGCCAACCGAAGGAUGUCACCCAGACCGGGCUUCUCUCCGCAGAAAACGUCCGGCUUUGAGGAGAGGAACAGGGAAGAGCUGUGGAGGAGCGGCCGGGAGGGUCCCCCUGUCGCAGGGAGGGCGGAGAACUUCGCGCCCCUGGGGCAGUUCGGCACGGAUUUGUUGGCCGCGAACGUCAGGAAGGGCUGUCACUCGUCUCCCAGCCAAACCCAGGGAGGAAACAGAAGAGGAAAUCCCGGGACCAAUGCAGGAGCCUCGGUAUCUUCCGCUGAUGUCUGGAAAAGCGACUCGCGAGCUGAUAGCAAAGUGUUCCAAUUGGUUUUUAUCAGCGUUUUGGCGUUGCUUUCGUUUCUUCUCAGCAUCCUUGCCCGCAACAUGGAAGUUCCCUUCCCUCCCCAAACCCUUUACACUUAA